GGUGAACCAACUGUGGCAUCAUGACCCUUCCGACAGACGCGCUCGCUGUGCCAGAGGCUCCGAUCUCGUGCGACUUGUCCAAGCCUUUGGUGGCGACCGAGUCAUUGCGUGAAGGCCAGGUGAUCUUCUAUGAGACGGCGUUCGUUUCGUCGACUGGGCCAACUCUCCUCGAGGGGCAUCACGAAGAGGUGUGCGACGACGAAGAGUGUGAAGGUUGCGUCGAGGUGUCCAACCUGGACGAAAACGAAAUGCAUCAGGUCAGCGACGACGUCGUGGACGAUUUUGAUGCGCUGAUGACGUAUUGUGAGACCAAGGAGGCAUUGGAGGCCGUCGACGUGCACAAAAACUUGUUCAAGCUCUUGCAUCUCUACGAACUAGACUCCACAAGUCUUCGGGAUUUGCUCCAUCUCCCCGUGGCGGACGAUCCAGUCCCGUCCUUUCUCGACGCCGCCAUCGGCCUCCGUGCCGCACACCCCAAUGUUGUGCCGCUUGGUUUGUCCGAGAACGAUCUUGCCCAUCUCAUUGGUGUCGUCAACAAGUAUAGCAUCCCGCUUGACGAGAUAGACAGCACGGGUCUGUUCCUUUACGUGUCGCAGCUUCAGCACAGUUGCUUGCCAAAUGCGUGCUUUACGGAUGCAGGGGACUCGUUGUGGGUCACCGCAAUCGCGCCGAUUGCGGCAGGUGAAGCGGUGACGGUGGAUUUUUACAACUUUUACUACCAGCCGUGGAUGGAGCGGCAAGCUGUGCUCGCCGAUGCGAAGUGUAUCUGCCACUGUGACCUGUGCCUCGGCCACUUGCCCGACAAGACUCGCGCGUUCAAGUGUGUGUCUUGUGCGAAUGGCAUAGUCCAUCCGACAAAAGAUGUGUUUGCUUGCGCUUCGUGUGGCGCUGUGUGGGACAACGAGCUCGUGCACAAAGCGACUGGUGAGGAAGCCACUCUGAUGGAGGAACUGGAAGUCUUUACGGCGGCGUCGCUCCGCCAGAUCAUGGACGCGUCCAUGCUCCACGCAUACCACCACAUUUUCUACACGACGUGCUCGACCUUGAUGAGCGAAAGCAUCGACGAAACCCUCACACCUGAACAAGCCCUGGUGGUGUACCAGGAAUUGCUAAACAGUCUCAACUAUGUUGUGACGUAUCCCCACGCGUCCAAGUUGCAGCUGCUCAACCUGAUGGCUCAAACGUGCGUGGGCCUGGGGCGCAUUGACACGGCCAAGAUGCAUUACGAAGCUGCGCACGCCAUGAGCUGUCGUGUGUUUGGGUCAACGUGCGGCGAGUCGAAGAUGUUUUUGGAGCUGGCGGAGAAUACCCCCACGACGGUCGAUGAAAUGGCGGCUUUGUACGGCUUUGAAGACGAUGACGACGAAGUGGAUGACGACGACCGAGACAACGAAAACGAUGAAGAGAGCCCCGACCCGUUGGACCGUGCGCAAUCGUCGCACAGCACCAUUGGCAACGUGUGGUAGGAGAGUUCAAUGGAACCAUGUCAGGUCCAACGGAUUGCAUCGGAAGUGCAGACGCGUCCCUGGUUGAUUUUUUUUGCCGCACGAUCAUGCCGACCAUUUGAUAUGCCCUCUCAGUGUAAGAUCAAUCAAGUGUUUAUCGAGUGGUCGGCAUGAGCCCCGUGCGACAAAAACCUGUUUGUGGUGCAUGGAUGGCGCGCGCGUUGGUCGUUAGCCGUGGCACUGUGGCUAGCGGACGAUUGCUUGAGGAAAUCUCG